AUCCUGGCGGCAUAUGCGAGCAAUGGCCUGCCCGGCCAAGCCCUGGACCUCUUCUUUGAAAUGCAGCUAGAGGAGGCGCCGAAUGCCGCGUGCUUCGAGGCGGCGCUUGCGGCGUGCGUCCAUCUCGGCCAGAUGGACGCUGCGCGGUCGAUCUUCGUGUCGAUGCGAGAGAGCUACGGCGUCCACCCCUCGAAGCGCGAUCACUGCUGCAUUGCCGAUCUGCUGUGCCGCGCGGGAUCGCUGGACGACGCCAUGGAUCUCAUCGCUGCUAUGCCCUUUGCCCCAGAUGAUUUGGAGUGGAGCUGUGUGCUUCGAUCUUGCAGGAAUGGGGCGGAUCUCGCGAUCGCGAGGGCCGGGGCGAAAUAUUUCGACCCGCGCGCCGCCAGUGGCUAUGUGCUUGUCGCCAAUGCCAUGGCAGUGGAGUGGAAGCGCUAGCGAGGACUCGAACUCGCGUUAUCGUCCAAGACGGUUUCUCUAUAUCCCGCCUCUUUGCAUUCCAAAGCUCCCACUAGGGAUUUCUAGGGUUUGCGAGGUUUCCAUUCCCAUGGCGGCUACGGCGGCGAUGGCGCUGGGGUUUGAGGACGGCAUCCACAACGUUCACGAUCCUCGUCUUCGCCCAGCGCUUCUCCAGGCCGUGAUGCAGACGCAUUUGCCGGAAGAUCAUCACCUCCACAGGUCGCAACAGGACCGGCAUUUGAUUGGUAGCGGGUCUCGAUUGGCGCAGCUGGAAUUCGCCGCGACUCUCAUCCGGCGCCAUGCAUUGCUGUCCGAGCCCAUGGCUGCUGCGGCAGUGGCGCCGGGAUUGCAUCCUUUCCAUGGUGGCGCGGCUGCCAAAGCCGCUGCUGAUGCUAGGAAAUGCGCGGUGGAUGCGUGGGUCGAGCGCUUGCAUGGUCUUCUCUCCAGUCCGGUGGCUGAUUCACGCUAUGCGGGAGUGGGACUGCUGGGAAUUACCUUUCAGGAAUUUACAAGACAACGUUUUCUAGAGUCUUAUGUAUCAUGGUUUCAGAAACUCCUUGUCCAGCUCAAGCCCACAGAACCAACUUUCAUCCGCGCAGCAGUCUGUGCUGCGCUUAAUGAUUUUCUUACGAGAUUGGGAAGCUUUCUUGACUACCCGGGAGUGCGGCGCGAAGGCGCCGCUCUGGCUUCUAAGCUGGUCCAGACCCUUGUGCAGCUGCUUACUGACAAGGAUUCCUGCGCAAUAUGGAAUGAGGCUAUCGAUUUGUUAGCCACCGUUCUUAAGUAUUUUCCGGCUUGUCUCCGACAACAAUAUAGUAAUGUUGAAAGCAUUCUUGUCGCUCAAAUCAUGGAUGCUGACGGUAAUACCGCACUUUCUGAGAGGUGUGCUCGAUGUUUGGCUUUACUUCCCAGAGCUCAUGGCGAAGCGUCAGCAUGGAGCGCAAUGGUUCGUCGCAUCCUCAUCGCGGUAAACUCCGAGCUCGAUAGAGCCUUUCGUGGUAUGGAGGAGGUGAACGCUGCCGAAGAGGCCACUAUGUCAUUACAGCCCAGGGAAGGAGGGUGGCAUUUUGCUGGCGCAAACAUGUCCACUCAAGGAAACAAAAGGUUUUGGCAACAGUUGGUUCCACGAAUAUCGUCACUCUUGCAAAGCUGCCAUUAUCUGCUUGUCAAUCCAUACCCAGUCCCGGUGCCGGUGCCUAUACUUCCUUUACUUGCAUUGUCCACAAGGAUCCUCAGGGUUGAUGGAUCUCGCUUGCCAGCAGCAUCACCUCUGUGUGUGUCCGUAUCAAGUGCUCAUCAAACGGCUCUUUGCUCCGAACUUCCAGCAUUACAUCUCUGCGCAUUGAAUCUUCUACAUUCAACCAUAUGCGGGGCUAGGAGUCAGCUUCUUCCACGAGCGGCCCACAUUGUCCACUUAUUAACUGAUGCUUUCCGAAGGUGCGGAGCUGUACCACCUGUUUUGAGAGUUAAGCUUUACAGCAUAUCCAAGCAUUUGUUGAUAUCCCUCGGUGCAGGAAUGGCGGAAGCACUUGCUCCUGUAGUUGUGGGUAAUGCUCUAUCCGACUUAAGGGGAAGCGCCUCUGGUUCUUUUGUUUUUUCUCCGAGGGGCACUCGUCCCGGAAGCACUAUGUCCACCGUUGCUGCCUGGGGACCUGGGGUAAACCAGAAGAAAAGGAAGGAACCGGGUGGCGUUCCUGUAGACCAUCAAGGAAAUGGUGUGCCAGAUGCAAGCUGUUUCAACGAAAUAGUGAUCCCUGUCUCCGUACAAAUCUCUGCAUUGCAAGCUUUGGAAGCUUUGCUCACUGCUGGUGGUGCAAUGCUUCCGGAACGUGUGCGAGCUGAAGUGGAUAGUUUACUUGCAAGCAUAGCAAUCUUAGCUUCCUCGAAAAGCGCAUCUGGUGGCGGCUUUGAUGACGAGAGCACGUCACUAGAAGGAAAUCUGUCGGCGGCAUCGGCUUCUUUCCAGGUCGCCGCAUACAAGGCACUGCUGGCAUCUCUAUUGUCACCUUGCGCUCAUCGGCCUCCCUACCUUGCGCAAGGAUUAUCAAUCUUCCGCAAAGGUCGAAAAGACGCUGGGAGCGAAGUAGCUGAAGUUUGUGCCCACGCUCUACUCGCUUUAGAAGCACUCAUCCAUCCUCGAUGCUUGCCACCUCUGGACACUCCCGCGGCGGUGGCCUCGGGCAUGGCUGCUUCUGCGGUGGCGGGGGCGAGAGGAAGUGCUUCUGGAAACCCGUCUACUAAUCCGUCAAGCACUCAGAAGCUCGCAAAGACUGCCUCGAACGCUGCUGCAAAUGUUGGAGCAGUUCCAGCUGGGACUCCGCCGACGGGUAUAAGCUUUGCGGCACCCUCAGCUCCUCCAGCUCCUCCAGCAUUAAAGGUCAAUAAUCAGCUGGCUGUGGACCCGUGGGCGGAAGUAGACACUUGGCUUGGUUAUGGAGAAGAUAUUGGAGAAGACUGGAGGGGAUUGCUCGCUGAAGAUUUGAGCGGUGAGGGGCUGGUCUUUAAAGGUGACCAACAAAGUGGUGGUGGUUCGGAGCAGCCAGCUGCGACAGCAAUGGCCGAGGCUGCGGGGGACGAAGUAAUUCCAAUGGAUCCUUUGAGAUACGUGGACAUCGGUAUGCCUGCUACUGCAACGUCCAUGUCGAUUCUUUCAACACCCGGUGGCGAAUUCAGCUCGUCGCCGAAGAGAGAUAUACUGGACGUUGCGCGUGCUCAAGUGGCAACCAGCCUGCAAAACGACUUUCCAAGUUUUGCGCGGCUCAUGGACUCUGAAGACCAGCAGCAAGACAGUGUCCCAGGUAAACAGGAGCCUUGCUCACUCUCGGAAAAGGCACCUGUUGUGGACCUCUCUAGUUUCGCUGCUUCCAAAAUCACUCUAGGAUCUGAUUCGGAGACUGAUGCGCUUCCAGACAUUAUCGACGGCGAUCCAGACAGUGAUUGAAGUGUCAGAAGCUACUUCCGAGAAGUACCGCGCAAGGCCAUCUUUCAAUUUCCUGACAACGCUCUUGUUCUCUGCAGCCGGCAACUCUCCGAUAACUAUCAAUUGCUGGACGCGGUCCACAAUGUCCGCAAGCUCUUUCUUCUUCUGCUCCUCGAUCUCGGCUUUCAACUGUGGCAAGUCAGGUUUCUCUUUUUAUGUGGAGUCGAGAGAUAAAACAAAACUCGUGGUCGGUUUUUACCCGCUCGGCUUUUGUGAAGGAAUCGGCGAUGCUCUUCUCGGUGUGCUCGUGGGAGUGGGAUUUGAUCUUCUGGCACUCUUGCCGGGCUCUGGCCAGGAGUUUAUCGACCCUCACCUGCAUUCCACUUGAGAUCAAGCAUGGUGGAGAAGGCAAUCCAAUCAGUCAACCUCGGCAGAGUGGACGAGCAUCUCAGCUCGCUGCUCCUCCUUUUUUCGAUUCUCCAGCGCUUUGGACUCCUCCAGCAUUCGCUGCCUCUCGGCUUUUCCCUGUAGAAAGAGUUCCAGAAGAGGAGGGGGAUGAAGCUACACAGAAACUUGGAAGUAUUUCUCGUUACUACCUGGAGCUUGAGAGCCCGUGCUUCGGCCUUGCGAGUGGCGGCUUCCAAGUAGGCCUGUGCUUCCGUCUCCACACGAUUGCGGUGUGCCUCGGCGAUGGCCUCGGCUCUUUGGUUGACGCCUUUGCCGAUGGACGAAGCUGGGCUUCCGCACUCGCCUUCU